AAGACCCUUUAAGCUCUACUACAAGUAAACGAUGAGGAGCCUAAUUUGGUCCACAUCGCAGUAGAAAAUUAGAGGCAGAAACGAUAUAAAAAUUCUACUCUUACUAUACGAUUAAGGGCACCACCGUAAAUUCAAUUUUUCAUACUUUCUUUAUAAAUCCUAAUGGAAGCGACAGAGAGCCUAGCUACCUGUUUCUCUUAUUUGAUUUAACAAUGGAGAAAGAGAAACCCAAUGUUCCUCUAAGCUUACCAAUGGAAAAAGAGAAACCUAAAUCUGAAGCCGGAAUUGGAGGUAUUGGAGGUACAAGGCAUCCUGUGUACAGAGGAGUGAGGAAGAGGCGAUGGGGGAAAUGGGUUUCAGAAAUUAGGGAGCCUAGGAAGAAAUCCAGAAUAUGGCUAGGUUCCUUCCCCACGCCUGAAAUGGCUGCCAGGGCUUAUGAUGUCGCGGCUUAUUGUCUUAAGGGGUGUAAAGCUCUGCUUAAUUUCCCUGAAGAGGCUGAGUUUCUUCCUCGACCUUCCACUUCCGCCGCCAGGGACAUCCAGAGGGCGGCUGCGGCAGCGGCUACGGCUACGGCUACGGCUACGGCAGAAAAAUGGGUAAUGUCGGAGAAGGAAGAGAAAGAGAAAUCCAACAGGAGCGAGGGAGAUGGCGAUGAGGGUAACGAUGACUUCUGGGGUCAGAUUGAGUUGCCAGAGUUGAUGAGCGGAGGCGGCACAUUUUGGCCGGGCAUGGCAACUGAGCAUUUGUCUCUGUCGGAGUUUUCUUAAAUAUCCCAUUCAUACUACUUAGAUGUGUUCCACGCAAGCAACGUGGAUGGAAUGAACGACCUCAAGCUAGCUCCACCCUCCACCCUCCACUUUUGCUCUUCUGCAUUCCUCUACAUCUGUAACUUUGUAAGCAUAUCUAAUAUCCCUCCUUAUAUUUGUCAAAUAAUGUAAUAAAUUCUCUCUCUCUCGUAAUUGGCAUAUUGAAAAAAUUGUUGUAAAUCAUAUGCAUUUCACAUCAAAUAAAUAAAUUGGACAUAUUAAGUAUUA